CGGUUCUGUUCAAUUCAACAAACUCUAAGCAACACAAUGACUGCUGCUACAGAACACGUGUGCUAGAGGUUAACGAUGGUAAACUGCACGACCUCAAUGUCAGGUUUUUUUGUUUGUGUGGUUUACUUUCACCAUCUUUUCAGGAAAACGUCGCCCUAUAUAUUGCGCAAACCUAUGUUCUCUCAAUUUGCGCAAACCAAGCGUUGGCUAACUUGGCACAUUCAACCCGACAUCAGCAAUGAGGUUCUUAUGCUGGUGUUUUAUUUUCACCAUCAACGUUGUUCUUGGUCCAGCUUACUCAGAAAAACUACCAGACAGGUGCUUUAAGGAACCGGAAGCUGGUAGGUGCCGAGCAUACCAGCCUACUUGGUAUUUCGAUACGAAAUUUUCAAGUUGUAGAAUGUUCAUCUAUGGUGGUUGCGGUGGAAAUGACAACCAGUUCCCUUCAGAAAAGAAGUGCCAGUCGGUGUGCUUACCAUCAUGGCAGCCAAAACGCAUCUGCAGCGCUAAGCCUAAACAUGGACACGGCAAGGUCCCUCCGAAUUUCUGGUAUUUUGAUUCUGGUUCAGCCACUUGCCAGCGGUAUAAGAGCGGCCUCUCUGAACGAAGAGUAAACAAGUACCCUUCGUGUGAAAAAUGUAUGGCGGCUUGCACUACCGGAAGAACAGAAAAAGUGGUCUGCAGCCGACCCCCGUACCCCCAAAAAUGCGCGUUGGGUCCCCGAUGGUUCUUCAACUCAUCGCUGCGCACCUGCCAGUGGCUUCCCCAUGGCACUUGCGCCACCAGCGCUAACAAGUUUCAAAAAUGCUUGACUUGCAUGGCGAGAUGCACGAAUUUCAACGAAAAAGACACAUGCCAUGCGAUCCUUAAGGAGGCACUGGGGCACAAAAAGCCGGGAUAAUCAUCUGCUCUCUGACCAACCUCGGGAAAAUAUGUAGCACACUUUCAACGACUGGACUCGAUGCUUUAUCCCAAAAUAAAUUUCCACGAAGCAUUUGAUACUAAGACAGCGCUAUACUUCAGGAUAUCUAUAAAUAGUAUAGACAUAUGCUUAUAGAGUUAUUCAUGUUUGCUAACAAAGGGAUGCGUGUUUCUUUACUAAGAA